AUGGAGAUAUAUAAGUCUGCGUCUGCUCCCCAUGUUCUCGCCUCUCUUCGUCAUUACCCACAUCUAUCUUUAUCCAACUUUGGACUUUCCAACAUGGCCCCAUCAAUCCCAGUUCCCACCCAGGGUGGCAUGUUCCACACCUUCCAAGGCGUCACCCCACGGAAGCAGUCAACAGACUCUCAAGAUAGCACAAAGACCAGCUCCACAGGUACAGCCAAGAGGAUAACAACACCACAUGCUUGUGCCGAGUGCAAGAGACGGAAGAUCCGCUGCGAUGGUCAACAACCAUGUGGCCAAUGCCUCUCCAGCCGGGCUCCCAAGAGAUGUUUCUACGACAAGCACAGACAAAGAGUGAUCCCAUCACGCAAGACACUCGAAGCUCUAUCACAGUCCCUCGAAGAAUGCCGGUCGAUCCUGAAGCGGUUAUACCCAACACAAGAUGUGCAGUCUCUUCUGCCUCUCUCCAGACAAGAACUCCUCAGCCUUCUUGACAGGCCAACAAUAGAUACUUCGGUCGGCGGCUUACCAUCACCACCAUUAAACACCAGUCCCAUGUCGGACUUGGACUCACCAAUGAUGCCAAAGACGGAGAACCUGCUCGAGCAGAUGCCAUCCAGAGACACAGAAUGGGACGAGGAGCGAAGAGGAAGAGACCCGAUCCCAGCCGAAGCCGACGACAUCAACGCUCUUUCGCUCUCAGUAGACCGCCAAACAUCCUAUCUCGGUGCCUCCUCCAUCAAGGCCGCCCUCAUGGUCAUGCUCAAGGUCCAACCCGGCCUCCGAAACUCCCUCGCAGCCCCAUUAAACGGAGUCGAGAUGUCCCACAACUACCCAGCCAUCCGCCAGAAGCCCACCACCCAAAAGGACCCCCAACGCAUCCCAUGGUCCUGGAAGGGCCAAACACUCAUCGACGCCUACUUCAAACGCAUCCACGCUUUCGUUCCAAUGCUCGACGAGUCCACCUUCCGCGCUGAUUACCUCGAAGGCCAACGAACCGACGCCCCAUGGCUCGCUCUGCUCAACAUGGUCUUUGCCAUGGGUUCCAUCGCGGCUAUGAAAUCGGACGACUACAACCACAUCAACUACUACAACCGCGCCAUGGAGCACCUUCCCAUGGACGCCUUUGGCUCCUCCCACAUCGAGACGGUCCAGGCCCUCGCCCUCAUCGGAGGUUACUACCUCCACUACAUCAACCGGCCCAACAUGGCCAACGCCGUCCUCGGCGCCGCCAUCCGCAUGGCCUCCGCUUUGGGUCUUCACCGUGAGUCCAUCACGGUAGGUCUCCCAGGCAGCGACAUCAUCGCAGCCGAAACCCGCCGCAGAACCUGGUGGUCCCUCUUCUGCCUCGACACCUGGGCCACCACCACCAUGGGCCGUCCCUCGUUCGGCCGCUGGGGUCCCGCGAUCAACAUCCGCCCCCCCGAGUUCGGCAUCAACGCCAACCGGGAUUCAUCCCAGCACGCAGGAAUCCUCCCUCUGAUCGAAAACAUCAAAUUCUGCAAGAUCGCCACUCAAAUCCAAGACAUGCUCGCCAUCACCCCCCUUCUCAGGACAGAAGACCGCUGCGCCAUCGACGCCCAGCUCGUAAACUGGUACACCUCCCUCCCUUGGCUCUUGCGGACAACCGACCCCUGCGCGGAACCGCUCUACAUGGCCCGCUGCAUCAUGAAGUGGCGCUACCAAAACUUACGCAUGCUCCUCCACCGCCCCGUCCUCCUCUCGCUUGCCUCCUCCGGCCUCAACCCCCACACCCAAGCCUGCGACGCGGACCUCCAAGCCAUUGAGACCUGCCGUGAACUCGCCGCGGCCACCAUCGAAGACGUCGGCCGUGAAUGGACCCGCAACCAAAUGAGCGGCUGGAACGCAGUCUGGUUCCUCUACCAAGCAGCCAUGGUCCCGCUCGUCUCCGUCUUCUGGCAAUGGGGCUCUCCCCGCGUGCCAGAGUGGCUCAAGCAAAUCGAGCAAGUCCUCGACCUCCUCGAGGUCAUGGAGGAGUGGUCCCUCGCCGCCCGGCGCUCAAGAGAGGUAGUCUGGCGCAUGUACGAAGCCUCCCGGGCAGUCCAAGCCCAAGGCGCCGCUGCCCGCUCCCAAUCCCCCGCCGGCCUCCACAUCACCACCACAGCCGACAGCAUCGUCGUCGGCGGCGGAGAGGUUCACAUGAGCCCCAUUGGUCUCGAGCCAGUCGACGGAAUGGGGGGUAUGAUGGGCCUGCUUGAUCAAGGGGGUCUAUGGGAUCUAGACGGGAUGUACUGGGGUGGAAAUGGCCCUCAGUCCCCAACACACACUGGAAACCCAGACGACAGCGCCGCCGCCGCCGAGUUUGCCGCUUACGCUGCUGCUCAACAAGCCGCCUCCGCCGCUCAUCACCACCACCCCGAGCUGAUGCAGCAUGUGGACUAUGGGAUGAUGCACCACCACCACGCUGGACAUCAUCACGUGGGGAUGGAGGGCUUUGGGUAUGUUCAGUGA